UAUGUCAGUGUCAUUAUCACCUGAUAAAUUAUUAUGACAAUUACUUAUUUUGGUAAAAGUUUAGACCCUAUGAACUUUGUUAUAAAUGUAUUUACCUCUUUACAAUGAUUCUGAAAAGAAAUAUUAUGUCAAAAUACCGUCCAAACUGUGCUUUUCUGCAGUGUCAAUACCAUUAUUUGCCUUCGUGAUAUGUGUUAUGCUGACAAUGUAUAAAGAUUUCGAUAGCGCUAAUAACACUCAUUGUAAAGUUCCUAAUAUUUUCCCAUCAAUAUCUGCAUCUAUAGGAAAUUAUGAGCCACAAGGUACAAUAUGGAAACUGGCCAUAUAUAUUCAUGCUCCUAUUCGAUUUUACAUAAUAACCUUACGAUGGAAAUAUUACAAAAGUGUUAUACAAGACAACUGUAUUAUUAUAGUAAAAUUAGCAGUAUUUUUAAAUGUUAUAGAAAACUUUUCCUUACUAGGAUUAACACACUGGACUUCCUCAAAAAAUUACCCUUACCAUGAGGUGUGUUUUAAAACCUUCAUUGGCACAUCAAUCUUCUACAUGAUGUUUACAUGUAUAAUGCUUAGUAAAUACAGACGGAGACCUAACAUAACUUACAGAGAGAGACAUUCAGUAAAGUUAAAAUGGAGAGCUUUUAUUGUGAAUAUUUCAUCAUUUACACUGGCUGCUUACUUCUUCUUAAGACACAAUAGACUGUGUGAACCUUACAUAUAUUCAAUGUUUGGUCUAUCAGAGUAUGUAGUGGUAAUCAGCAAUAUCUUGUUCCACUUGACAACUGCUUAUGAUCUUCAAAUUAAUUUCAUAUGCUUGACAAACAAAGGUAUUGUAACCGAAUGACAACAAAGGAAUAAUUAAAUUAAAUAACUUGAAGGUGUAGGGAAAUUAGUGCAUAUAGGCAAUAAUUAUGAAAUAAGGAAAAGUCAGGUGAGUAUUCAACAAAACUAGGGGAUUAUAGAUAGACACAUUUUAAUGCAUACCUAAUAGUCUUAUGUACAAAAACAAUCUAUAUAUAGUAAAUGUAUAACAAUGUCCAAAAUAUAUUCCGAACAUAAAUGCUAUGUUAGUGACUUAUGUUAGCACCUAAAGUUCCAAGUAUAAUAUUAUUUACAUCAUUUUAUUUCAUAUUAUUAUAAUGUCUUCCUCAAUUAUUCAUGAUAUUAAUAUAAGUCUACAUAUUAGUAUAACAUUUUAUAAUAAAUAACAUUCAGAUCUAA